AUGGCGGACGACGCAAUUACCUUACACCAUAUUCUAGAACCGCAAUUCUUUAAGAUUGCAGAAGGAUUCCCAGGUGCAGAAGGUCCUGUGUUUGACAAAUGUGGAAAGUUCUAUAUGGUUGCACCUGAAGUGAAAAUUAAUGGCAACUUUGCUGGUCAAGUUGUAAAGAUUGACCUGGAUACCUUUAAGUCUACAGUAAUAUGUGAACCUAAUAUAGAUGGCUUUGGUGGGGUACCAGCAGGAUGUCAAUGUGAUAAAAAUAAUAUGAUCUGGAUAGCAGACAUGAGGCUAGGUAUCCUCACCAUGGAUCAGUCUGGUCAGUUUAAUCAGUUAUGUAAAGAAGACAUAGAUGGAAAUACUAUGCAGGGUUGUAAUGACUGUUGCUUUGAUUAUGAUGGCAACUUAUGGGUAACAGCACCAGCAGGGAAAAUUGCACCACAUCCAUAUACCAGAUCAAGCGAAGAGGCGUUUGGAUCGGUUUAUUGUGUUACAAACCAAAAUGAAGUAAUAAAAGUAGAUACGGGUUAUUUAAUUUCUAACGGAAUAGCUGUACAACAUUCUUCAGAUGGAAAACCACAGAAGCUGAUAGUAGCUGAAACUCGGACUAGAUCUCUUUGGGUUUAUGAUAUACUUCGUCCAGGUGCUGUUGGAAAGAGAACGUUGUGGGGGAAGUUACCAGAGUGCCCAUCAGUAGAUGGAGUGACGACUGGACCAGAUGGUAUGGAUUUUGAUGAGGCAGGAAACUUAAUUGUUGCUCAUAUCCGUUCUGGAUAUCUUGAAGUAUUUGGCCCUUCAGGAGGAAGACCACAUACACGAAUCAAAUGUCCAUUUUUAAAACCAAGUAAUGUUCAUUUUCUGCCGGGAGGUAGCACGGUGUACGUUACAGAACACGAGUUUGAUGGAUUAUGGAAAUUUCAGUGGCUAAGAAAAGGUCAACCCCAGUAUUGUGAACUAUAGUAGGAAAUGAUCAUCGUGAAUUGUUGAUCUGUCUUAU